GAUUCCUGUUUUAUAAAUAUUGUUAGUACGUAAGUAAUAUAUUUAGUGUUCCGAAAUAUCAUAUUCAUGAAAGAAUUAUUCUUCUAUUAUGUUCAAAUCAAUUAUUUCCAUGAGUAUUGGAGAUACGCGGUAUUCCAAUAUACAGUUCAGUACACAUGCAGAGAUUGGGAGAUACGCACUUUUCCAUAUACAUUUCUUUUACAGAAUAAUUAUGCCUCGCCGGGUGGAUAAAAUAUUUGAGGCAUUGAGGAAUGCCGAAAAUAGUAUCCAAGAAUGUAUGGAUAAUGAAAGUGAUGAUCCAGCUACAGUUAUACAAGAGGCUGAAAUAAUAUUUGCAGAGGGGGAAGGAUAUUUGGAGACCGACUUUCAAGAACUACUCUCUGAAACAACUGUCCAUCCCUCUACAUCUGCCAUCUCCAAAGAACCUCCAAUUUUUAAUGAACUCGAUAACAGGAAUGCUCGUGAUGGAAACAUGGAGACUAACGAUGAAUAUAGCAAUACAUUCGAAGUCAGAAAUGAAGAAGCAUGUUAUGAAAGUACAGUUAAUUCAAGAGAAAGCAGCAAUGAUUCGGAUUUUUAG